CUCGCCCGUCCUGCUCUCACGCCGCCACCCCCGCCGUCGCAUGCCUCGAUGAGCCUCCGAGAAUGAUUGUGCGAUAUCGACAUCUGCUCGCGACCAGUAUAGACUCCAUACCCUGAGCCCGUCGCGAAUGCAGGAGCAUCCGUCCCGCCCUUACCAAUACUACCAUGCCCGGUCUUCCCUCUACCGUCGACCUCGAUGAGUGCAUCUCGCGGCUGUACAAGAAGGAGCUGCUCGCCGAGUCUGUCAUCGAGGCAAUAUGCGCGAAGACGAAGGAGCUGCUCAUGAAAGAGAGCAAUGUGGUGCAUAUCAAGGCGCCCGUGACCGUUGUCGGCGACAUACACGGCCAGUUCUUCGACAUGAUUGAGAUAUUCAAGAUUGGCGGGCCUUGUCCGGACACCAACUACCUCUUCCUGGGCGAUUAUGUCGACCGCGGUCUCUUUUCCGUCGAAACGAUUUCGUUGCUUGUCUGCCUCAAGCUCCGCUACCCGCACCGAGUCCACCUUAUUCGCGGGAACCACGAGUCUCGCGGCGUCACGCAGUCCUACGGUUUCUACACCGAGUGCUCUCGAAAAUACGGGAAUGCGAACGUAUGGCACUACUUUACCGACAUGUUUGAUUUCCUCACCCUUUCGGUGGUGAUCAACGACCAGAUAUUCUGCGUCCACGGCGGCCUGUCGCCCUCCAUACACUCGAUCGAUCAAAUCAAGAUCAUUGACCGCUUCCGGGAAAUACCUCACGAAGGGCCCAUGGCGGAUCUUGUGUGGAGUGAUCCAGAUCCAGAAAGAGAUGAAUUUUCGCUCAGCCCGAGAGGGGCGGGGUAUACGUUUGGGGCUCAGGUGGUCAAGAAAUUCCUGGAGGUCAAUGCCAUGUCCCACAUAUUACGGGCACACCAGCUAUGUCAGGAAGGAUUUCAAGUGUUAUACGACGAUCGUUUAAGCACAGUAUGGAGCGCACCGAACUACUGUUAUCGAUGCGGGAAUAUGGCAAGCGUGCUGGAAGUUAGCGAUACCGGGGAAAGGUUUUUCAACGUUUUCGAUGCAAGCCCGGACAACGACGUACACCGGGCGGAACAGCAGCAGCAACAAGGGAAGGAGGUAACGACGGAGUACUUCCUAUGAUACCCUUAACAAGCGCAGUGUAUAUACGUCAGGAAUGCGGUUUGGGAUGACGGCGUUGGUAAUAGCGGCCUAGGGCUACGUGGCG